AUGAACGACUACGUUUCAAGCUUCAUUCUGUCAACUAUCCCGUGCACGAUGUUUUCGAUGUUUCAGGUUUUCGCCAUAAAAUUCAUCUGUUUAAUUAUUAAUACAAAAGAUUUGAUCAAUGUACGCAAUGUGAUCGUAUGGCUAGAGGAUAGAAUUAUUCGAGCUCUUCCUGCUGAAGCAAGAUUGCGUGACGUACAAUCUUUGGAAUGGACAAGCUAUUUAAAUAAGUAUCUCCAGGCAGUAAAGUGCCCUUUUAAUGAAUCUAAUUGUUGGUCUAUGUUGGAUUGGCUUCUUAGCAAAGCACUACUAUUGGAAUACAACUCAUCUAGAAAUACUCAAGUCAACAGUAUAUCUGAGAACUCUACUCUUUCCACGAACGCUUUUAAUAACAUAGAUGUUAACAGUGAUGAAUUUAAGGAAAACGUUUUAAAGAUAGCCAAGCUGUUGCAGAUACCUGUUCAUCCAGAUAUCAGAAUAUUAUUUAAGGCCGUCUGUUUGGUUAUUGAACAAAAACUUGAGGUAAAUAUAUUGAAUGAUGCUAUAAAGGACUAUGGGACAUCUAAAAUUGAUAUGCUAAAGCUUGAUGAUGUAUGUCUUGGAUUUAGUGUUAAAGAUCCCGUUGUAAAGGCUGCGGCUAUUGCGUUAAGAUUGUUAAAUAUAGAUCGGCUACGAAAAUUACAAAACCAAGCAAAUGCUAGCAUAGUACAUGUUCAAAAAUUGACAGCAGAUCCAAAAACUGACGAAAGACUUGGAAAAGUUGGCUUCUAA